GAGAGAGAGAGAGAGGACAGACAGUCCCAACUGUUGCUGCUUUCCAAACAGGAUUCCACAUCAUCCUCCGCCCUUUCCGCGGUUCUAAGACUGUGCCGAAUGGGAGGGCGAGGAUCGAAAGGGGAAUAACUGAAUAGGUAGGCAGCGUUUCCCCAGGAUUAAAAGAGACAGGCAGGCAGACUGUGGGUGGCCAGAGGUUGAAUCCAGCGGUGCAGGCGAUAUCAACUGCAGGAGUCCCAGUACACUGGCGUGGAAGGAGACAUGUCGGCACAGAUCAAUGAAGUGACUCCUAAUACUGCAACAGAUGAAAGCUUCUGGAUGCCCGGUAACUACCAGGUCACUGUGAAGCGCUUUGAUGAUGCAUACCACACCUGCAAUGAAGUCAUCGCCUGCUUCCAGGAUCGGGCAAAAAUCGAGAGGCAGUAUGCCCAGCAGUUAAGUGAAUGGACAUCAAAGUGGAGACCUCUGGUGGAUUCCAGCCCCUUGUAUGGCUCUCUCCUUCGUGCCUGGCAAUGUUUUUUCACAGCAGCUGACAAGCUGACUGUGCUUCAUGGCUCUAUAUGUCGCUCACUUGUAUCAGAGGAUGGAGACCGUGUGCGCACUUGGCAGAGAGAGAUGUUUCACCGAAAAUUGUUUGGUGGUUUCCGUGAGUCACAUGAUUUGGAGGCUGGUUUUGCACGCGCACAGAAGCCUUGGGCCAAGAAAUUGAAGAAGCUGGAAAAAGCCCGUUCAGCAUUUCACAAGGCCAGUCGUCGUGAGCACCAAGCUUCUAUGCGUGAAAAUCAUGCCAAAGGGAACCCAGAUGUCUCUAUUGAGAAGCAAAAGAAGAUCCAAGAGGAACGAGAACACUGUAGCCAAGAGUCUUUGAAGAUGCGUGCCCGCUAUGAGAAAGUACUGGAGGAUGUUAGCCGCUAUGCCCCAAGGUACAUGGAAGAGAUGGAAACAGUAUUCGAGAAAAGUCAGGAGAUGGAGCAGAAGAGGAUCAGCUUCCUGAAGCAGGCAUUCCUUUCCAUUCACAGCCACCUGGAUGUGACUACCAAUGAAAGUGUCCAGGCUGUCUACAAUGAGCUUCAUCAGACAAUCAUGGCCAUUAGUGAACAGGAUGACUUGCGUUGGUGGAAGAAUAAGAAUGGACCUGGCAUGACCACACACUGGCCACAGUUUGAGGAAUGGGCUCCAGAAAGAGACAGGUUGAAAAAAAGCAAGGAACAGGAUAAAGUAAAGCUUCAAGCUGAUACCUUGACUGAGAAAAGCUAUAGCGGGCCUGGGGUUCGAGUGAGAGCGCUGUAUGACUACAGUGGUCAGGAGGUGGAUGAGCUCAGCUUUAAAGCAGGGGAGGAGUUCCUGAAAGUUGAAGAUGAAGAUGAGCAGGGCUGGUGCAAGGGCAUUACUAACUGUGGACAGCUUGGCCUGUACCCAGCCAACUAUGUGGAAAUCGUGAACUAGCCAAAGUCAACCACUAAAGUGUGCUACUAAAUCCCUACAAGUUUAUGACAAACACAGUGCUGUACUAGCAUGUGUAGGAACUGAGGUUAUGAAAAACGAAGUGACUCUAGCUGUUCAAAUUUUAAAGUUUGCAAGUUGCUAUUUGUUUUGAAGUCAGCCUUCUGACAAUGGACCCCAUUUUUUCUGCUCAGUUCCCAACUUAUUGUAUAGAGUUAUAUAUUACAUAUUGGUUUUUCAUGCAACCAUAGUGUUAAGGAAAACUAUAGUCCCCCUUCCCUGGCCAGCAGUAUAAAAAUACUUGUUAAUAUUGAAUUGAAAAAUGCAAAAUGUGGCUGCUAAAUAACUUGCUUUUGGACCAUGCAGUAUACAGGCAACACAACUGUGCUGUCAGCAUAAACACUAGUUUAGUCUGGGAGUCCCUCCAUAGUAGACAUUAGAACAAUGAGUAUGUCAAACUGCUAGAAUGAACACACCCUUGAAUAUCUGGUUAUAGAAGAUCCACGUGUUUUGGGAUCAAGCCAAACCUUAAAAAAUUCAGCACUUCGUAAAUCUCACCCUCAUACACUUGGGAUCACCAUCCUCUAAUGAGACUGUCUUCCAUUUCUUAUGAUUUCUUGGAGUGGAAGUUUCAGUAUCUGGCCUCCAAGGGUCAAGAACAUGUUGUACAUGUCAUUCUUGUAGGGCUUCUUCCUGGCAGAUAUGCUUGAAAUGAGCCAUAACUGAACCAGUAAUCUGAGAGUUUUCUUGCUCACACUUCUUUUGUUAUGCUCUCAGUAUUAUAUGUAUGCAAUAAUGUAUUGAUAUUUACAAUUUUUAUUUAUGUUUUUGCAGUGUGACUGAAAAAGGUAGAAGUGUGCAAUACUUAAACAUCACAAUAGUACAUUGUGAAAAAUUGAAGGAGGCUUUCAAUUUUAUGUUUAAACAAGCUUCAAUCUUGCAUGCUGUUGUUUCUACUGUUCCUUUUGCUGAAGAUCCCAAUGGGAAUUAAAAAGGCCUGGAGGCUGAUCUGAGAUUCCGUUCACAUUCACUGAAGUGAUAGAGUAUUCCAGACGAAGGGAAUCACUUACAGUAAGUAAUGAUAGCUGUGGGAACAAACAGAAAGCGUCUUUAAAAUGCACUUGCUCAUUUAUGUAUUUUAUUUUUAAAAUCUUAGUGUUGCCUACGAAUAUUU